GCCUUCACUCAUCAACUGCUGGUAUCUGUCCAUUUGGCCAUUGGAGAAGAAGAGAUAAGGAGUUUUCCGGCGACAAUCGAGCUCCUAAAAUGGCCGUUCUUCAUGCUUCCGCCUCCCUCUCUCUCGCCAUACGCGAUGCUUCCUUCGCAAGAUCAGCCCCAAAACCCUUUCCACUUCGCAGAGGUCACCUCCCGAAUUUAUACCGAUUCGGAACCACGUUUGCUACUGGCUCUCCACUUGUGAUAAGCAAGCCAACUGGUCAAACGAAGCGUGCAAUGAAACCAAAUUCUGUUUCUAUAAGAUGUGAGCAAAGUAGCCAAGAGAGUAAUAAUCUGGAUGUUUGGCUUGGGCGGCUAGCAAUGGUAGGAUUUGCAAUUGCAAUAAGUGUUGAAAUAGCAACAGGCAAAGGUCUUUUGGAGAAUUUUGGAGUAACGGCUCCCCUGCCUAGUGCAGCAUUGGGAGUCACCGCAUUGGUUGGCAUAUUGACAGCAGUUUUCAUCUUUCAAUCAGCUUCCAAAAACUGAACACGUCUAAGAUUUUCACUGCACAUUGGCUGUAAAGUUUGUAAUCCUAAAAGAUAUUUGCUUGAUAUUCAUUUUCAUUCGUUCUAAUACUCUAGAUUGUGAACUAUGAUCAACUAAAUUGGAGUGUUCGACUCAAAACACUUGUGUUUUUGUUGUGGACAGCGGUGAUAAAGGGAGAGUCUGUGAAGCCUGCAAUUAGCUACAUCCAAUUCUGAGUGAGGUAGAGCACUCAACUUUUCUUUUUCUCUUUCUUUUUGAGUUCUGUGUAGCACUGAAAUACUUUCACAGAGUUUAAGUUUAGUUGUGUGAUGAUAAUCAUAAGAUAAUCACUAUCCAUAACAAUACAAUGAAUGAUGGAUUAUGUAAAA